AUGAGUGUUGCCCAGGGAGCCGAGCUCUUCCCGGGCUCCGGGGACCUCCCCGAGAAGGCGAUGGCCGAGCUGAAGUCCCUGGGCAGCGACCCCUACCUGGCCCUGGCUCAGAGCUACGGCCAGUCCGCCUUCGCCUACGGCCCGGGGCGCGGCGCGGCGGAGAGCCCGCGGGGCUACGCGGGCGGCGGCGGGGCUUUCCACCCCAACCCGCUGGGCAAGUCGGCGGAGAGCAGCGGCGAGCAGAGCGGGGACGAGGAGGACGCCUUCGAGCCGGCCCAGGGGAGCCCGGCGUACGAGCGGGACGGCAAACUCAAGGCGGGCGCCCUGGGGAAGAAGCCCAAGGAGCAGCGCUCGCUGCGGCUUAGCAUCAACGCCCGGGAGCGCCGGAGGAUGCACGACCUGAACGACGCGCUGGACGGGCUGCGCUCGGUCAUCCCCUACGCCCACAGCCCCUCGGUGAGGAAACUCUCCAAAAUCGCCACCCUGCUGCUGGCCAAGAACUACAUCCUCAUGCAGGCGCAGGCUCUGGAGGAGAUGAGGCGGCUCGUGGCCUAUCUGAACCAAGGGCAGAGCCUCAGCGCCCCUCUCCCUGCCACACUCAACCCCUUCGGACAGUCAGCGGUGUACCCCUUCUCGGGCACAGCCCUGCCCAGCUGCCCUGAGAAAUGCACUGCCUUCCCUGGGACAACCUCCACUCUCUGCAAACACUGUCAUGAUAAACCUUGA